AUGAAUCCAUUGUUUCUAUAUGAUCAACGCGUUCUUAUUCAGCAAUAACUUUUGCUACAAUAACUUGCUUAAUACAACUAAAUGAUGGCCCUAAGGAAUGCUUGCUCAUUCCAUGUGUAAUAAUGCCAAUAAAUUCAACCUCAAUCUCCUCUUGAAAUAAAGACCAAUGAGCAAAAGACCAUAAAAAAUGAUGAAAUAAACGAUGAGUUGAGUUCGUUUGAACUAUCGAAAUCUCUUGGAGUAUCCAAAGCCAUAAAAAAAUCAAAGGAAACUAAAUCUAACAAAGCAAAUGCAUCUCUAUAACAAUCUAAAAAAAGAAUUUUCUUAUCAAUGAAAGACAUCAGGGAUGUCCAAUAUAAAAAGUAAAAUUUCACUUUACCUAGAUAUAAAAUCACAAACGAUAACUAGAAUACAGAAGUAGUAAAGAAUAAAGAAGAGAAGAAUUGA